AUGAAACUGUUAGCAGCCUAUAGCAUUGCCGCGUUGUUAGCCAUAGCAGUAGCAUGCGAUAUGUUGCAGGGCCAAGAGGGAAAAAAAGCUGAUCUCCCUGUUUCGAUUCUAAAAGAACGAGCCUUUCCAUUUUAUUCGAUAUUUAUGACAUCAGCCCGGUGGAUAUACGGUUAUUUCAAUGCGGCAGAUCCAAUCCACGUGAAAGUUGCAUGGUGGGGAGCUUUCAUUGCUGGCGAUGGUGGUUUAAUUGAUACAGCUACCGAUAUUGAGAACGCAUGCAAAUCAUGCAUGGCAAGGCACAAAGACCCCCCUGGUGGAUCUUGUGAAGAUGACGUAAAAACUGCCAUAAAGAGUGUGGUUCUUAAUUUGAUCAUUGGAUUUGUCGGGUGGUACUCAUCAAGAUCAAUCAGUUUCAUUCGUGGUUUAAGCAGCCAAAAAAGGAAGGUACUAAUUCAAUUAUCUCGAUUCUGGAUAGAAUUGCAUUUACCUUUUACACUUAUGGAUUUGCAGGGAUUCAUAGAAUAUGCAGAUACUUCAGUAGACAUUUGCCAGUUUGGUUAA